AUGCGCGGGAGGCAGCUCAUCUGUUGGCACCUGCUGGCUUUGCUUUUCCUCCCGUUUUGCCUCUGUCAAGAUGAAUACAUGGAGGUGAGCGGAAGAGCUAAUAAAGUAGUGGCGAGAAUAGUGCAAAGCCACCAGCAGACUGGCCGUAGCGGCUCCAGGAGGGAGAAAGUGAGAGAGCGGAGCCAUCCUAAAACUGGGACUGUGGAUAAUAACACUUCUGCAGACCUAAAACCCCUGAGACCGGAUGAGCUACCGCCCCCCGAGGUAGAUGACCUAGCCCAGAUCACCCCAUUCUGGGGCCAGUCUCCACAAACCGGAGGACUGCCCCCAGACUGCAGCAAGUGUUGCCAUGGAGAGUACAGCUUCCGAGGCUACCAAGGCCCCCCUGGACCGCCCGGCCCCCCUGGUAUUCCAGGAAACCAUGGAAACAAUGGCAAUAAUGGAGCCACUGGCCAUGAAGGGGCCAAAGGGGAGAAAGGAGACAAAGGUGACCUGGGGCCACGAGGGGAACGGGGGCAGCAUGGCCCCAAAGGAGAGAAGGGCUACCCGGGGAUUCCUCCAGAACUGCAGAUUGCGUUCAUGGCCUCUCUGGCAACUCACUUCAGCAAUCAGAACAGCGGGAUUAUCUUCAGCAGUGUGGAGACCAACAUCGGAAAUUUCUUCGAUGUCAUGACCGGUAGAUUUGGGGCCCCAGUAUCAGGUGUGUAUUUCUUCACCUUCAGCAUGAUGAAGCACGAGGACGUGGAAGAAGUGUACGUGUACCUCAUGCAUAACGGCAACACAGUCUUCAGCAUGUACAGCUAUGAAACAAAGGGGAAAUCAGAUACCUCCAGCAACCAUGCAGUUCUGAAGCUGGCCAAAGGGGAUGAAGUUUGGCUGAGAAUGGGCAACGGUGCGCUUCAUGGGGACCAUCAGCGCUUCUCCACCUUUGCAGGCUUCCUGCUCUUCGAAACCAAAUAAAUAUAUGAAUAGAC